AUGUCUGCAUCCAUGUGUUGGUUGCCCUGGCUCUUGACCCGGUGGCCCUCCUCAGCCCUCUCUCUGCUGCUUCUCAGUGUAGUGGGCAAACAGACAGACCUGAAGGUGGUUCAGGCGAUAGUGUGUUCCCAGUGGGGUGCACCAAGGAAUGAGAGCCUCACUCAGGAUGGAGAUGUGAUUAUUGGUGGACUUUUUAACCUACAUUACAUACCUUCAGCUUUAGACCACGGCUUCACCAAGCCUCCACAUUAUGAACCUUGCACUGGUUUAGAUCUGGAGCCAUUAAAAUAUAUGUAUGCUAUGGCUUUUGUGGUGGAAGAAAUCAAUCGUAACAGCACAUUGCUGCCAGGAGUGAAACUGGGCUACCGUAUAUUUGAUUGCUGUGGCCGAUACCCCUGGGGAUUGAAAACUGCACUGGACCUGGUUGGAGGAAGCAAACAAAACUGCAACUUAUCCACAUCUACGCCUCAGUCUGAAAAUUAUGAACAACCUGGACAAACAACAAACGGUCAGUCUGUUUCUUUGGUCAUUGGUGGUUCCUCGUCUACACUAGCAAUAAUUCUGUCAAGGAUUCUGGGGCCUCUCUCUAUCAGUUACUUGGCUAGUUGCCCAUGUCUCAGUGACCGGCAUCAGUUUCCGAACUUCUUCAGGACAAUCCCCAGUGAUAUUUACCAAGUCAGGGUCAUUGCACAACUGGCCAUACGAUUCCACUGGACUUGGAUUGGAGCUGUGCUUGAAAACACUGACUAUGGUCAACUUGCCUUACAGGUUUUUCACGAAGAGAUUACAGGUAAAGGGGUUUGUUUGGAAUUCAUAGAAACUGUCCGCAGUGAAACAAUUGUGAGUGAUGCCAGACGUGUUGCCCUCAUCAUUCAAGCUUCAUUUGCCAGGGUGAUUCUGAUCUUUUGCUGGUUCAUUGAUGUAAAGCAACUAUUUCUGGAACUGGCCACGAGAAAUGUGACUGACAGACAGUUUGUGGCCAGUGAGGCCUGGAGCACCAGUGAUGAUCUUCUCCAAGAUCCUGCCAUCUCAAAGGUGGCAGAUGGUGUUCUCGGUGUGGCCAUUCGAAGUUCAACAAUACCUGGAUUUGAAUAUUAUCUGAGAAAGUUGCACCCACUUCAGAGGCCUGAUGACGAAUUCCUGAGAGAACUGUGGGAAACAGAGUUUGGAUGCAGUCCUGAAGACAGGUCUCUUCAGAAAGCUUCUCUACCACCGUGCAAAGGUACAGAGUCCCUGGAGGGAGUGCAGCAUCCCUUCACUGACACCUCCCAGCUAAGGGUGUCAUAUAAUGUCUACCUUGCUGUUUAUGCUGCAGCCCACGCCCUUCACAGCCUUCUGUCGUGCCCCAGCAUAAACUCUCCCAGAAACAACAUUUCCUCUUGUUCCUCUCCAAAACACAUCAAGCCCAUAGAGCUGUUGCAGCACUUGAACAAUGUGACCGUCACCACACCACAAGGGGACAUGUUUUAUUUCCAUGGUGCUGACAUUCCAGCAACGUAUGACCUUGUCAACUGGCAGAACACUCCUGAGGGGCCCCUGAAACUCGUUUUGAUUGGUCGUGUGGAUGGAACUGACAUCCACCUUAAUGAGUCAGCUAUUCAGUGGAGCACAGGAUCCAAUCAGGUCCCUGUUUCAGUGUGCAGUGAGAGCUGCCCUCCAGGUACCCGAAUGGCCAACAGGAAAGGGGAACCUGUCUGCUGCUUUGACUGUAUCCCAUGUGCUGAAGGGGAGAUUAGCAACAAAACUGGUUCCCUUCACUGUGAGCGUUGUCCAUCUGAGUUCUGGUCCAACGUUGAACGAACUGCCUGCAUCCCUCCCCAGCUGGACUUCCUUUCCUUUAAUGAGGCUUUGGGUAUUACCCUGACUACAGCAGCUGUGUCGGGUGCCAUGGUGACAACAGCUGUGUUUGUGGUGUUUCUUUACUAUCGUCACUCACCUGUGGUGCGAGCCAACAACUCAGAACUGAGCUUCCUGCUUCUUCUGUCACUGAAGCUCUGCUUCCUGUGCUCACUGGUGUUCAUUGGUCGUCCAUCAGUCUGGUCUUGUCGGCUCCAGCAGGCAGCAUUUGGGAUCAGCUUUGUUCUUUGUGUUUCCUGCCUUCUGGUAAAAACCAUAGUGGUUCUGGCAGUUUUCCGCUCAGCUCGGCCUGGUGCUGAAGCCUUGAUGAAAUGGUUUGGGCCGCUCCAGCAGAGAGGAAGUGUCUGCUUCUUCACCUGUAUACAGGUUAUUAUCUGUGCCACCUGGCUUUUCCUCAGCCCCCCAGUGCCUAAACAUGAUUUGGGUUUCCAAGGGUCAAAGGUCACCUUGAAGUGUGCCAUGGCCUCUGUGGUGGGCUUCUCACUGGUACUGGGCUACAUUGGCCUGCUGGCCUGCACCUGCCUCCUCUUGGCCUUUCUGGCUCGGAAACUUCCUGAUAAAUUCAAUGAAGCCAAACUGAUCACGUUCAGCAUGCUGAUCUUCUGUGUUGUCUGGGUGACCUUUGUCCCAGCUUACAUUAGCUCUCCUGGGAAGUAUGUUGUUGCUGUGGAAAUCUUUGCAAUUCUUGCCUCUAGCUAUGGUUUACUGCUCUGCAUUUUUGCCCCAAAAUGUUUCAUCAUUCUUUUAAGACCUAAGAAAAACACUAAGAAACACUUGAUGUCUCGAUAG